GGUCACCCUGCUGUUGGAUGCUUUGACGAAGAAAAACUGUCAUAUCGAAACACUGCUUCUGAUUUAUUUUUUUGUGUGAGGAUGAGUUCCGUUGAUGUGAAUGAUGAGAAUCGUGGGGUCUGCCCUGGAGGAAAGCAUAACAGCUCGAUUAACGACAUUUUUGCCCUGGAUCAGCCAACUGGGAGGCCCUCUAUCCUGCGUCAGACUGAGAACCUGCCCAGCAAGGCCCUGCCAAAAGGAGGAAAGGUGGCUUUUCAGACUCCAAGAAGAGAUCCUGUGACUAAAAGAAUUGUAUCUCCCACCAAGUCUGUCAAGAUGGCAAGUGUGGACGAGUGUACAAAAGCGAUGGAGUUCUUAAAUAUGGGUCAAAUAAAUACUUUACAGAAAGACGCCACGGAGCUGCCGGAGCCCAAACAAGAGGUGUCAUCUUACCCUGAUGAUAACAUGCCGAUACAAAGCAAAGGAGACUAUCAGUUUGAUUUUGACAACCUUGACUCUAUCAAUCCCUUUCUGGGUUCUGUUAAGACGGUCCUCUCUCCAGCGAGGCCCGCUGUUCAAUCCCUUCCAACAGAGUCUCAACAUACGCAACCAAAGGAUAUCUUGGAGGAGCCCUCCAAAAUAGAAAGUGCACUAGAUGAGACGCUUCUAUUCACCCCGUCUGUGGAAAACUCGCUGGUUGACAUCUCCACUGACAUCAGCUCCAAUGAAAGCAGUGUGGUCACCGUGGCGAAGGUCCCCGCCGUUGAGGAACAAGAUUCAUGCACUGCCACACCUGAUGAAAAGCAACCUGGAAGAGUGUCUCCAAGAGUCGAUCAGGACAGAAUGUCAGACAGUUUUAUGGACGAUGCCCCGCUGCCAGCGAAAGGGGCUUACAUCUUGAAUUUUGACAACCUUGAUGCAGUCAACCCUUUCCAAACUGGUGUCUCUAAAAUUGGGAAUUCCCCUGUCCUUGGGAGAAAGGUGCCAGACAUCAGCCCACCUGUUGAGGAGACACCGGAAACAGAAAAUAAACCCACAGAUGUUUUUAACGCACCCGAGGCGGCUCCAGGGCCGCUGGAACUGGUCGACUUCUCCAUAGACGUCGUCUCCAGUGAAAGCAGUGUGGUCACAGCGGUGACGCCCCCGGCAGACGAGGUACGAGAUUCAUGCACGGCCACAUCUGAUGAAAAACAACCGGCUAAAAUGUCUCCAACUGUAGAACAAGACAAAAUGUCAGACGAUUUUAUGGAAGAUGCCCCGCUGCCAGCGAAAGGGGCUUAUAUCUUGGAUUUUGACAACCUUGAUGCAGUCAACCCUUUCCAAACUGGUGUCUCUAAAAUUGGGAAUUCCCCUGUCCUUGGGAGAAAGGUGCCAGACAUCAGCCCACCUGUUGAGGAGACACCGGAAACAGAAAAUAAACCCACAGAUGUUUUUAACGCACCCGAGGCGGCUCCAGGGCCGCUGGAACUGGUCGACUUCUCCAUAGACGUCGUCUCCAGUGAAAGCAGUGUGGUCACAGCGGUGACGCCCCCGGCAGACGAGGUACGAGAUUCAUGCACGGCCACAUCUGAUGAAAAACAACCGGCUAAAAUGUCUCCAACUGCAGAACAAGACAAAAUGUCAGACAGUUUUGUGGAAGAUGCUCCGCUGCUAGCGAAAGGUGCUUACACCAUGGAUUUUGACAACCUUGACGCAGUGAAUCCUUUCCAAACCGGGGGCUCUAAAUUUCAGAAUCCCCCCGUCCUUGUGAGAAAGGUGCCAGACAUCAGCCCACCUGUUGAGGAGACACCGUUUCAGGAAAAUAAACCCCCCAGUGUUGUCAUACCGGAGGUGCCUGUUCAGCCUGAGAAGAAACCCGUCGCUGCAGUGGCCCCAGUCUCCGCUAAUGCUGCCACAACUCCAGCUGCUGAAUCCACCACCUUGCCAGCUGAUGCCCCAAUCAAGGAAGAACCAGUUAAACUGGAGUUCAUUUUCGAUGACGGCAGCGAGAUCAAAAGGAAACUGCCACCGAAGAAAUUUGGCAAAAGGCUCGCUGGUGUGAAACCUAAAGAGAAUAAGCCGGAGUGUGACGUCAAACCAACAAAAAAAACGUCAGUGAUGCCUGAUGCCAGUGAUGUUGCUGAUGUGCGCGUUUCAAAAGGGGCGUACUCAUUUGACUUUGACAAGUUGGAUGACCCGAACUACAAUCCCUUUGGCUCGAAUGCCGGCAUGAACAAUAAUCUAGAGUGUGGCAAGGGAUCCGGCCCCGUGCUCAUGGAAACCUCCAUUCCAGAGCGAGCGGACAAGCCUGUGGAGAAGGAAGCGGCAUCAUCGGCGUGGGCUGCAGAAAGUGUCCCAGCUGCAGCCGAAUCCAACCCUGGAGCGACCGCCGAAAACAAAGCUGCUUCUGACCAAGAUGAGGGAUUCCAACUUCCAGCUGAACGACCUGUGCAGACUCUUCCUGAGCUUUCUGAGUUGUGUCCGCUGACACAACUCGGACAGUCACAGACCGACGUGUCAGAAUUCAAUGACGAGUUUGUUCCUGGAACUCUGUUCAUGGGCAAUGACUUUGAUGGGCAAAUGGAUUACCUUGAACAGUUUGGGUCCAGAAGUUUCAAGGAAUCUGCAUUGAGGAAACAAUCCUUGUACCUUAAAUUUGACCCUCUCAUGCGAGAGAGCCCCAAGAAGAGUGCAGGCCCGGUCGCUCUCACCCACGUCACUCGUCCCGCUGCCUUUGUUUCACGGCUGGAAACUCCACAGAUGCCCGAAAAGACUGAAAAUAAAGCACAAAAGGAAGAUUUCAAACUGUUUGCUUCAGCACCAGUUGCUCCAAUCCUUGCGGACCUCGUCCCUCCUUUCCCCCAGCGAGCAAUCACAGAGGGCGCCAUUAUUGAAGUGCUGAAGUACAGUCAGAAAGACCUGGACGCCGCCAUCGCCAGGGUGCAGGCCGAGGGAAAGGAGAAAGAGCAGCAAUGGAGUGCAAAGUAUAAAAAGACACUAGGCGAUGGUCAAGAAAUGAGGAAAAUAAUUGCAGAAUUUGAGCUCAUGAUUGCCAAAAUGAUGGCUAAGCAGGAGAAUGAGAGGGAGCUGGCCCAGGUGAAGCUCGAUGAGGCGCUCCAGGAGAAGGAGCAAGUCGCCAUUGACCUCAACACGAUGGAGAGAUCUUUCUCCGACCUGUUCAAGAGACUGGAGAAAUACAAGGUUGUUGUGGAGGGCUACAAAAAGAAUGAAGAGACUCUGAAAGUGUGUGCUCGGGACUAUUUGGCUCGGCUUAAAAAGGAGGAGCAGCGCUACCAGACCCUUAAAGCCCAUGCUGAGGAGAAAAUUACUCUGGCAAAUGGAGAGAUUGCUGAGGUGCGGUCCAAGAACAAGGCCGAGGUAUCGGCACUUCAGGCUCAGCUGCGCCGGGAACAGCUGAAGGUGCAGUCACUGGACAAGACCCUGGAGCAGAAGGUGAAGGAGGCUGAAGAGCUCACUAAACUUUGUGAUGAACUCAUCACCAAAGUCCAGAAGGGUUGAGCAAAUGUGUAAAUAAUGUAAUUUAAUUAGUUAUUUGUUGUUAGUGUCGAUCAUUUUCUUGUGUUCUUUGUUUGUCUUUUUCAAUGUUACUGUACAAAAAGUUAAUAAAGACGAUUUACAAGUU